GUCAACCACAACACAAAAAAACGCACGUAACGUCAUCCUCAUCUCAUAAUAACUCCUUUCAUUCUUCCUCUUCUCUGUUUGUUUGCUGUUUUUACCUUUCUCUCUUUUUAUUUUUCCUUUUUUUUUCAGAGUUGCUUUUAUUUAUCACGCUACACUAGGCUGUGCGUUGCAGGAAACUCCCUCGUCCCCACUCACGAGCACCGACACACAUACACACGCACAGUUAGAGAUAGAGAGAGAGCACAAAUGAAGCUGUUCAUCGCAGUGCGCCUACGGACGCUCCGGUUCGUGUUUGUCCUCGUGGCCUGCGUAGCGCUACUGUCAGCUCUCACCGCAGAAGCCUCUCCCCUAUCUAUUAUGAAGCAACGCGCCGGUCAGCAGUUCACCUACGAGGCGCGCCGCAACGUGCAGAGUGAGUACGAGGCUAUGCUGGACGACGCCUCCUACAACUACCCCUACGUGUUCACCGAAGACAUGAGCCGCAUGCUGCAGGACCUCUUUAAUCACUCCACCCUGCAGACCCUCGGCGGCGGCGUCACGAGCAUCUUUGAGGAAUGCACCUACAACGCAGGCGGAGACCCUAACGUCGCUAUUUAUAGCGGUGCUGGGUGUGUGAAGUCGCUGCUACACGCCGGCAUCGCCGCUGACUGCGUCGCGCCCAACCCCCUGUGCUGCGUGUUAUACUGGCGCUAUCCACCCUCCCUCGCAGAUCGUCUGCCGGUGCUUGAGUUAGACCCCCAGUUGAUCUUCUGGGACGGCGCCCGGCCGGUGAAUGGGUUUUACACCAACUUCAGUGCGAAGUACUUGCAGAACAACUCGAACUGCACCGCCUGGCCGGCGUGGCCGACGGGGGGGAGUAGUCCCGUGGACGGCGCGGCGCUCGCGGUGGACGCGACCGGCGAGUGGCGCUUUACCCGUCGUCGCCAGCCCGCAUUAAGUUUCGUUGAGCACCGCAUCACCACCCCGACCGCAGAGCAGUCGACCAACUUCGACCGGCUCAGCGCUGCUGGCACAACCGCGUGGGAGAAGGUACACCAGUUUGGUGAUAUCCCCGCCGCGGGCCCCAUUGUCGCAUGCGUCUGCCUUCUAGUUUUGUGUCUGGUGCUGCUGCUUGUAUUCUACUGUUGUACGGAGCCACAGGCACGGAGGGCGCAGUCGGAGCUGCGGGAGAAGAUCGACGCCCUCGCCUCGACGACGGCGGAUCAAGAGGCGGAGAUCUGCCGUCGUCGCACCCGCAGUGAACGCAAGACGCCGCAGUCUGAACGGCAGACUCCCAGCAGCUGUGGGAGCUUCUCCAAACCUGCCAAACAGAGCCUGAGCCCUGUCCCCGUCGGCCGCUCCUCCUCCACCCCCAGCCGGUGGCCCUCGCAGGCACAAUUAAUGGAUCAGCGGAACGGUUCCGGCGUGAGGGGCGUGUUGCCCUCGCCCUCAGCCUCCCCGCGGCAGGCCCUCGCGCGAACCCCAUCCCGCCCACCGCCGUCGCGAGUGAAUUCGGCGAGCCCGGGUGUCCUCUCUCGACAGGGCAGUCACUUCGAGUCACCGCAGCGGAACGUCGCGGGCCCCAGUCGUCGGGCCUCCAUCACCUCUGACCACCGCCGUAAAUCAAAGAAUCAAGAUCGUCCCCAGCAGCUUCCACAGGCAGACAGCAGUCUCAGCCGCAACGGCAGUUCCACGGCAGGGGUCCCGGCUCGUGCAGCGUCUCGCCAUAGCAGUGUAGCAUCGCCGUCGCAGCGUCCUGUGCAGACGUUUCAGAACCCUCUGAUUGGUCGCCAGUCGUUUAAAAAUUAA